GGAAGGACUGGGUCGCAGUCAGCUUCUCGCCAGUUCACAAGCUCCUCGCUUGCUCGCUUGCGCUCUCUAUUUCUCUCUCUCUCUCUCUCUCUCUCUUUCUCUGUCUCUCCGACUGUGGACGCGCGAGAACUUGUUGCAGUUCGCUUGCCGUCGCAGCGCACACGUAGCACAGCCGAGGCAGCGCGAGAUGAUGGGGCAGUCCUGCACGAUGAUCGUCCUGCUCGUCGGACUGGCACAGCUCAAUGGCGGUGCGCAGGCCUGGGGCGGACUCUUCAAUCGCUUCAGCCCGGAGAUGCUGUCGAAUAUGGGCUACGGCAGCCACGGCGGCUACCCCGGCAGGUCGUCCGCUCUCGUGCAGCACGAGAACGGCUUCGCCGGCAACGGCCUGGAGGACGGCAUCGAGGAGCCGUGCUACGAGCGCCACUGCAGCACCAACGAGGACUGCUGCUCGGGCUCCGUGUGCAUGAGCUCCGAGGGAGAGUGGUCGACGGGCAGAUGCAUGUUCGUGUACGGCCUGAAGCAGGGCGAGCUGUGCCGGAGGGACAACGACUGCGAGAUGGGCCUGAUCUGCGCCGAGGUGGCCGGCAGCGACAGCCUCUCGUGCCAGCCGCCCGUCACCUCCAACAAGCAGUACAGUGAGCUGUGCACCAUGUCCGGCGAGUGCGACAUCAGCAGGGGACUGUGCUGCCAGAUACAGCGGCGGCACCGCCAGACUCCGCGGAAGAUGUGCUCGUACUUCAAGGAUCCGCUGGUAUGCAUCGGCCCCGUGGCGGCGGAUCAAGUCAAGCAGAUUGUCCAGUACACGGCAGGCGAGAAGCGCAUCACCGGCAAGAACAACCGGCUCUACAAGCGAGGCUACCCUUAAAGCACACCGUUGCCGAACGAACCUCUAUGAGCCUUUUAGUCCUCUUCCUCCCUCCCCCCCACCCCUCC